CGCGAGCCGUCGUCGGUGCCGCUUGCGUAGUGCACGUUCUUAUCGUUCGCGUUCCGUUGCAGAUGCGAGUUUGUUCCAACUGAAGCGAUGCCGGCCGAGGAAGAACCCGUGGCUAUGGACACACGGGACCCACCCGGCUCGCCCCAACAAUUCUGCCUGCGUUGGAACAAUUACCAAUCGAACUUGACGAGUUGUUUCGACCAGCUGUUCCAAACGGAAACUCUGGUGGACGUCACGCUCGCCUGCGACGGGAGGAAACUGAAGGCUCACAAGGUGGUGCUGUCGGCGUGCAGCCCCUACUUCCAGAGCCUGUUCAUGGACAACCCCAGUGAGCACCCGAUCGUGAUCCUGCGAGACAUAAUGUACAGCGACCUGAAGGCGGUGGUCGAGUUCAUGUACCGCGGCGAGAUCAACGUGUCGCAGGCGCAGAUCACGGGGCUGCUGAAGGUGGCGGAGACGCUGAAGGUGCGCGGGCUGACGGACGUGAACGGCGAGCAGGCCGUGCUGCGCGCGGAGAGCGGGCCGCGCGAGAUGGAGCCGGGCCCGCAGAAGCGCGGCGUGGAGGAGGACAGCGGCGCGGCGCCGGCGCCCAAGGUGCGGCGGCGCGGCUCGGACGGCGAGCGCAGCCCGCGCGAGUCGCCCGCCACGCCGGCCGACCUGCUGCCGCCGCCCGACGUCACCGUGCCGCUGCCCAUCCACGGGGACGACGCCGACAUCCGCCCCGGCAUCGCCGAGAUGAUCCGCGAGGAGGAAAGGGCUAAAAUACUUGAAAAUUCGCACGCCUGGCUUGGAGCAUCCACAUCGUCUUUGGCAGUAGAUAGCUACCAGUACCAGCUGCAAUCCAUGUGGCAGAAAUGCUGGAACACCAACCAGAGCCUGGUCCAUAACCUGCGGUUCCGCGAGCGCGGCCCUCUGAAGUCCUGGCGUCCAGAAACCAUGGCGGAGGCUAUCUUCUCAGUGCUCAAGGAGGGUCUCUCUCUGUCGCAAGCUGCAAGGAAAUACGACAUACCAUACCCAACGUUUGUUCUCUACGCUAACCGGGUCCACAAUAUGCUGGGGCCCAGCGCCGACGGUGGUACAGAUUUGAGGCCAAAAGGUCGAGGUCGGCCUCAACGCAUCUUGCUAGGAGUGUGGCCGGACGACCACAUUCGUGGCGUGAUCCGGGCGGUCGUCUUCCGCGACUCGCAAGCUUCCCACACCGCCCAUCACAUCAAGGAGGAGGUGCUCCCAGUCUAUCCACAGAUCACGGAUGUAAUGACGGUGGGGCAAAGUCCAUAUCCGGUUCCUUGCGGCAACGGGCGUGAGGGUGGCGUGUCGCCCAACGCAGCUGCCGCCGCAGCCGUGGCCGCCGUGGCGCACGGGUUGCGCAGGCAGAUGUGCAACAUGGUGGUCGCCGCGCAGAGGCCGCCCGACCACCCGCCACACCUGGGCCUGCCGCCUCUGCCCCUGCAGUCCCCGCGUUUGCCCUCUCCCCUCUCGACCGGCUUGGAGUCCCCGCUGUGCUCGCCUCCUCCCCCUGGCCACGCUCUGGAGCCGCCGAAGCCCACCGACCCGUUCCGCCCUUUCGUCUCUCCCCGCCCGGACAGCCGCUAUGGAGAACGCGACGUCGUCGCUGAGAUCACUGAGAUGGGCCCACCCAAAACUCCGGUGUCGGUCGGCAAGAACGGCAAGGAGAUGUCGUCACCGCUGCCCGUGAAGAUGGAGGCGGCGCAGGCGGAAGCGCGCGCGGAGAACAUCUGAAGCCAGGCCGCGGGCCCGGUGGUGUCGCAGACGCCGGUCGGCCUGCCUCCUCCGAUGCCCGCUUACCCUUAUUUUGUUCCGAACCGCAACUCCAUCGGUUUUUUCUAAAUGGCUUCUCGUACCACUAGGACGUACGAACGCUAACUCUAUGUUUAUCGUUAAUUUGUCAGCAUUACUUUCAUAUUUAAUUGUUUAAAGUGGACUCACUGUGCAAUAAAUUGCUCGUUGUUUAGUUACAAAUUUUGUAUAACUACGGAACUUUAUUUUUAGUUUAAUUAUAAUAUAUAAUUAUUAUUUUUACUAUACAUAGACAUUUAUGUAAGUGUCCCAGUGGGAUCAUCAUAUAAUUAUUAUUUGUUAGACAACGCGAGCAAGGGGCGGCCCUCGCGACGCCGUCCCUUGCUCUGUAUGAAUAUACCUAUCGUGUACGUGUAAGCUUAAGAUUAUAACCUAGAUCCAUCUAUAAACGUAAGGAUAUCAAAAUUUAAAACAUUUGGCCCGAUUCAAAAGACUGUUUGGUAUACCUAAUCAUUACCUAUAUUUCAGCAGAAUGCAUGCAUAUGUCUAAGACAAAAUUAUAAAUUAGCUCUAGAUAUAACCUUAAAUUAUAUGUAUAUCACUUGCAUGUCGUCGUCAGGUCGAUGUCGAUUUCUAUAGCGUAGUAGUGAGUGUUGCUUGCGGCUUCCCCCGAGCCAACUCCUCGUCACAUGUCGUGCAGCCAAUCACCCAUACAUAUUUGUAGAAUUAGUGAUCGCCAAAUGUAUUAUAGAUGUAUCUUUAGCCAGUAGUGAUUGUUCCAAAUGUUAGGCUAAAUUAGAUGUCUGGGGCGACCGAUCUCUCUGCAUUAACUUUAGCUCGGUGUGUACAGCUUUGCAUGUUCCCUAUUAAAUAAAAUUGCCAUUCCAGUUCAUCCGUACUAGAAAACUCUACGGAUCUGUGUCCACACGUUUAAAAUAAUGUCAAAAGAUCACAAAAUAUUAUAUCACAAAAAAUACAAAAAAAAAUUGUAUUCGUUGUAUUAUUCGUUAAUGUAAGGAGGAAAAUCGGCUUGCCCAUGUUAGGAUUAGAAGCACUAAACACUCGCCAAGCGUUUGAAUGUCAUCUUUCGAACGGCUGUUAAUCUAUCUCGUAGCUAGAAUAUACAUUUUCAAUUUCCUUAGAAUAGCUGUGUAACUAGGUGUAGCAUCGCGCCGGCGACACUGAGUACGCCAGGGGCUACGGCGCCUGACUGACAACAACUUGGGGCUCUCACAUUCCCUUCAGUGUUGCUAGUGUGAAAAUAAAUUAAAAACAUAUAAUAAGGUGUAUAUGUACAAAUUUAUUUUAUCAGCACCUUUCAUACACAGAUACAAAGUUAUUUUUAUUAAUAGUUUCGGCGGGAAAAAAUAUUAGUAUACGGACCUUCUUGCCGCAAGGGUAUACCAUGAUUUAGAUAUUGUUGGCGGGUAUUCGUUGGCGUUUACACAAUAAAUUAAUGAAAGGAGGGGGGGACGAAGUGCCGGCGCCCCACGGGCCUCGGCGCUUCGGCCGCGCGAGUCUCGUCGCAGAAUGUUCGAAACGGUGUAUAAGUAAGUCUCUAAGUGGCCUUGAUAUCUCACUAUUGUUUGGAAUUUGGAGUAACUCAUUCGGUUUAAGUUUGAAAAUUUUGUAGGUAUAUAAAAAGACCAAAUUAUAAAAAGAAUUCAUUCACAAUCAAAUUUAGUGUUGAAACUUUUGGCUAUCUUUUUGGAAAUGGUUAACCUAGGGAAAAAAUUAAAUUUAAAAUGUUAUAUAAAUGGCCUAUACGUUUCAGGUGUAUUGCGUAAAUUUUGGUAAAUGUUACUACGCAUAUUUUCUAUUGUAUAAGUCUAGGCUAAUGUGUUCAAAAACUAAAUUAAAAUUUUUGAAAAAAGUAGAAAGUGCCUUCCAAAUUUUUUGACCACAGUUAGUGUUGGAACGGGUGCGGCGAUGAUCGGAAGGGAGCGGCCCGUGGCAGUGGGUCGGACUGCUUGCAUUUCCAUUGCGCAGUGUGCGGUGACCAACGGACGUACUCGCCUUGCCAAGCGCGCAAUGCAAACAUAGCGCACUUACAGAGUACGUUGCGGUAAUCACUUCCGUCUGCAACGAUCUCAUGAAGAUUUUCUAAGAAUCUCUCGAUGAUGCGGCUCGUCUCACUGCCAUUCGACCGUACUGAACGUUACUAUAAAAUUUUAGAAUAAUGAAAAUUCAAAAUUAUUAUAUAAAAUUAAAUACAUAUGACUAUUAUAUAGUAAAAAAUAUACAAAAAUUAUAUAUUUGGCCGAUGUGGUUAUACCCUGACUGGCAAGCGUUAGAUUACUAUUCGGCAUCAAAAUUAAUUCUAUUUUUAUUUUAAAUCAGUCUUACAAUGCAGACAUGCAAAGUGCCAUUCGUUUGAACUUGAAUUGUUCGUUUAACAUCACAUUCGGUGUUUUGUAGUUAUAUUUAAUAAAAAUUAAACUUAUUUAUUGAUCUGGGUAAAAAUUACGAUUCGAUUGCAUACGAUAUACCUAAGUGAAAUGUGUUAAUUUUCGUGAUAGUUAAGUGAAAGAUUACUUGUAAUUGUGUGUACUGGGGCCUUGUGGACGGCCGGUAACGAGGACUCGUAUCUGCAUCUUAUUUAUGAGUUUAAAGUAGAUAAUGUUUAACACACGUACGGUGUGCUUGUAGCAUGACAACGUUCUUAUUAAAAAUAUUAUUUCAUUAUUUUGUGAUACUUACUAUUAAAAAUUGAUGAAUUGUAAAGAACAAAAUCUUACACAAUUUAUUGUACCUACUGCUAUACCUGUUUAAUAAUGUUAUUUAUUUUUAGUUAAAAGAUUAUUCCUACCGCCGUUGUGGGCUCAAAGUAUUUUAUUGAUUGACCUUACAUAUUAUAGUUUCACCAAAAAAUCUUUAAUAUUAUUUCAGUCGAUGUAUUGUACCUAUUUAAUGUGACUGUUUAGUUGUAAGUAGUGAUGCAAUGUGUCUAUGGAUGUCAACUAACGAUAUGUAAUUACUAAUUAUAUAUAUUUUCUUUGUUUCCUUAUCAUAUUCUUUUAAUAUCUAUAUUAUUUAAUGUGCCCCCCCUGUUUGUUGUGUCCAAAUGUAGAGGAGCUAUAAAUGUUCUAUAACUUCAACUCUGUGUGGUUAGUUUCUUAUGAUUUUUGUGGUCAUAAUGUAUAUUUAUGACAUUUAUGACUGUUAAUAUUACAUUAAAAUUGGCGUACGUGUGCUUUUGUGAGACGCAACAGAACGGGAGGCAAAGACAACAGAUAUAAUGUAAAUGUAACUAGAUAUACGUUAAAUCAUUGUGUAGCGUAUUAGUCAUAACUAUUAUGUUAUACUUAACUCAACUAUUGUUGUUAUUAUUUUUGUUUAUUUUAAUGUGCAUACUUUCUUCUAAAUCAAUAUAAUGUGACACAUUUUCGAGAUCAAAGAUAUUAAGUUACUGUAAGUAGGUACGCUGUUAUAUGGAUGUUUAGAUGUUGUAAUCAAUGUCUGAUAAUAUUAAAUGUAUUCUUUACUUCAAUAUGAUAAUCAUCUACAACUUCAGUCACAAUAUAUUUAUGACAUAUUUAUGAUUUAAUACAAUUAUGUAAUUUUAAAUUAAUUUUAAUAUUUACAUCAAUCAUGGAUUAAUCAAUGAUUAAGUUUAAUCAACAAUAUUGUAUUAACGUAUAAUACAAAUUGCUAUUCAUUCGUCUGUCAUCAAGUACAAUUUGAAAUUUGAUGUAAUUCUUGAAUGUUUUAAUUUUAAUGUGACACCUGUAGUUGACAGUAUCCAAUUACCUACAUAUUUGAUUUAGCGACAGGUCACCUGAUAAAUUAUUAUUAUUAUUAUUAUGUAGUAUUGUAUAACGGUUCAGUAAAUUUAAGUUCGUUAUUGUCACAGUGUACCGUUGUCUGAAUAAAUAUAUAAAAUAG